AGCUCUGUUAGUCUGGUCAUUGGGUUCUUGGUCACCUGCCUACUUCCAUAGACCUAUGCCUCGACAUAAUUCUUUCUACGGAGACUGAUUUCUGUGCUCAAUUCUGAGUGUCAUGGAAAAGGCUCUGAAUGAUUAUUGAUAGAGAUGAGCUGCUACCUCCAACCUAAAUGCUUCCCAUCAACCCAAAGAGUGACUUGGUGUAGGAAUACCAUGCCAAAAUCGGAACUAGAAGUCUAAACUAGUGCUUGAAUCGGAAACAGCAUCCAAGCGUUCUUUCAAUCCUCAAUAAUCAACUGAAAGACUGGUACUUGAAAGAAUUGAAAGAACACUCCAUAGCAACCACAUCACGUAACUCUUCAGUAACUGUCUUCAGAAGUAUUAUCAUAAAUGGCUCCCACAAACAUGGAAGCUGCGGACAUUGUUGUUGUGGCACUGUACUUUGUCCUGGUUCUUGCCAUUGGCUUCUACGCCAUGUGGAAAACCAACCAGAGCACAGUGAGUGGUUACUUCCUGGCCAGUCGCUCAAUGAACUGGGGUAUGAUUGGGGCUUCUCUGUUUGUCAGCAACAUUGGCAGCGAGCAUUUCAUAGGCCUUGCUGGAUCGGGGGCCACCAGUGGGUUAGCAGUUGCUGCUUGGGAGUUGAAUGCCCUUCUGCUUCUCCAGCUCCUGGGCUGGUUGUUCGUUCCUGUCUACAUCCACGCUGGCGUCUACACCACACCGGAGUACCUGGCCAAGCGCUUUGGUGGCCAGCGGCUCAAAGUCUACUAUGGCGCUCUAUCUCUGCUACUGUACAUCUUCACCAAGCUCUCCGUGGACCUUUACUCUGGAGCACUCUUCAUCCAGGAGUCACUGGGCUGGAACCUAUAUAUGUCUAUCAUCCUACUCAUUGGCAUGACUGCUCUGCUGACUGUUACUGGUGGCCUGGUCGCGGUCAUCUACACAGACACCCUCCAGGCUUUCCUGAUGAUUGGCGGGGCGCUGUGUCUGACCGCCAUCAGCCUGGUCAAAGUCGGCGGCCUGGAAGGGGUGCGGACCAAGUACAUGGAGGCCCGACCGAACAUCACGGCGAUAUUAGCGUCCUCCAACUUCUCCUACGUCCCCUCCUGCCAAGUGGAGCCCAAGCCUGAUUCUUUCCGAAUCCUCAGGAGCCCGUGGGACCAGGACCUUCCCUGGCCUGGCUUCCUCGUGGGCCAGACACCUGCCUCCAUCUGGUACUGGUGCACCGACCAGGUCAUCGUACAGCGGGUGCUAGCUGCGCGAAACAUCUCCCAUGCCAAAGGCUCCACGCUCAUGGCUGGCUUCCUGAAGAUCCUACCGAUGUUCAUCAUCGUCAUUCCCGGGAUGAUCUCCCGCAUACUGUUUGCAGAUCAGGUGGCGUGUAUUAGCCCGGAACACUGCUUGGAGGUGUGUGGAUCCGGGGCUGGGUGUUCUAAUGUAGCCUACCCUCGCCUGGUGAUGUUUGUCAUGCCAGUUGGUUUGCGUGGCUUAAUGAUGGCAGUGAUGAUCGCGGCACUUAUGAGCGACCUGGACUCCAUUUUCAACUCUGCCAGUACCAUCUUCACCUUGGACAUUUACAAAAUGGCGCGCAGGCAAGCGUCGUCGAGGGAGCUGAUGGUGGUGGGGCGUCUAUUUGUGGUGUUCAUGGUAGUCAUCAGCAUCGCCUGGGUUCCUGUCAUUAUCAAGAUGCAGGGAGGGCAAAUGUUCUACUAUAUCCAGGAAGUGUCCGACUACCUGACCCCGCCCAUCGCAGCCCUCUUCCUUUUAGGUGUCCUAUGGCGACGCUGCAAUGAGAUGGGUGCAUUCUGGGGCAGCAUGGUGGGGUUUGCUUUGGGUGCCACAAGGCUGGUGUUGGCACUAGUCUAUAGAGAGCCCCAUUGCGACGAGCCAGACGAGAGGCCAUCCUUUAUCAAGGAUGUCCAUUUCAUGUACGUGGCAGCUGUGCUGUUCUGGAUCUCAGGACUGGUGGCGGUAGUGGUUAGCCUUCUCACCCCACCGCCAAGCACAGAGCAGGUCCGCACCACCACCUACUGGGGGCUAUGCCAAAGAAAUGCAACCCCAACCCUAGAGAGAGAAGAGAUGAGCCAGUUAAACUCCCAAACUCAGGCCCAUGUCAAUGGAAACGGCUGCAUGGACAAAGAGACGGCCAACAACCUUCACAACGUUGUUAAUGGGGUGGAGGCUUUGUCUGGUAUUGACACUCCAUCUCCUCACCAAAAUGGUGGCCAUCCAAUAGUCUGCUGUGGAGGAGGAGGGACGGGAGGGAGGUCAAUGAGGGUUCUAAAGUGGUUCUGUGGGUUUAAGGAGUCAGCUAACACUCGUCCCAGGUCAGCCCAAGAGGAAGAGAGGCUAAUGAAGGAGAUGCUCCAGGAGACCCCUCAAACCAGAGUCAUCCUCAACAUGGGCCUGGUUCUAGUCUGCUCUGUGGGUGUCUUCCUCUUGAUCUUUUUCUCUGUGUAAGAGUGGAUCUUUGUAACAUGCAGUGUACAGUAUACAUAAUACAUAUAUAUGUAAUAUAUCUACAUGUGACAUCUAUCGAAGUGUUUCUUAACCCCAGUGCAGUCAUAAAAUAAUGCUCAUAACUCCCUUUUUGAGUAUAGGCAAAGAAAUGUAUUUAAUUUCACCCUGAUAUCAUGGAUGGUAGAUGGACAAAUUGCAUCAUUUCACAGGGCUGUUUAGAUUAUACUGUAGUACACUCAUGACUUAUCAGCUUUGAUAGGUCUGUAAACUGAAAGAUCAUGAAAUUGGAGCUAGGGAAGAAAUUUGAUAUAUACAGG